CCCAAAAAAAAAAAAAGCUCGUCUCUCAUAUACACAGCUCAGAACCUCAACUGUCUGAACACAGCUAACAUACAGUUCUAUUUCAACACUAGUCAAAGUCAUGUAAAUAAAUACUCUGUCAAGCUUUGUCAAGUUCAAGUAGAAAAGUACUAGCGAAUGCAAAUUAUAAAUACAGAAAGGUCAGUGGGUUUUACUUUACCUGUUUGGUGCACACACAUUCACACACAUUCAAAGCAGCAGAAGGAAAGAAGAGGUUUUUGGUAACAUGCAGAACCCGAUAGAUAAUGUAAAUAAUGUUCUAAAUGUAUCACUGAACAUUAAAAUAUGUCUCUAACAUGUCAUGUCAUGACAGACUAAAAAUUCUUUACAAUACAAUAGACAUUUUUUCCUUCGCGUGAUUCACACUGAUUUCAGAAAUGUAGCUGGGGAAAUUCGGUUUAUUUAAUGGCAAGGAGGCUAAGAUUAUUUAAAGAUUGUUCCAGUAUCCUGAUUUUAAUCUUUUAUUAGAAGAAAGAUCUCAGUGGAUGGACGUAACUGCAAUCAAUGAACAAAAGCUGCAGAUAUCAAGAGAGCACACACACAAGGCGGACAUUCACGGGUUAACGGUGUGCGGAUACUUUGGGGCCUCCAAACGAUGGCAGGACUGCGCGAAAUUUCCAGCACAGAGCUGCACUUGAACUUGAGCCAAUAAACACCCCCUCUAGUCCUCUAUAUGUAGCCUUCCCACAGGUACGAGACAACGCGACGCGGUCCUGCUCUCUCUUGCGCACAGACCUGGAUGACUUCUGGAAGUACGGGAGGGAAGGAUUUACGCAUUGAAAACAAGAACUACUUCUACAUCACACAAUGCUAUAUGUGUGGGUUGCAUGAAGCUGACGGAGGCUGAACAGAGACAUUAGAUUGAUUAAAAAUGGUUGUGAACGUGUACGAGAUGGUUGUGAGACUGCUAAUGAUCGUGGUGUGUUUUGGAGCAGCAGCUGAGUUCAGAACGCGUAAAGACGCACGAGGAGCCGCUUUCACGAGAUUAAGACGUCAGAGCAACACAGCUAAACCUGCACUGAAGAUCACAGAUUACCAUGUGCGAUGCACCGUCAUCUCCCACUAUGCUCACACCACAGUAGAGAGUACGGUGUGGAACCAGCUCCAUUUCACCAAAGAGGCAGCGUUCGAGGUAGACCUUCCUCCCUCAGCCUUCAUCUCCAACUUUACCAUCACAUCUAACAGUAAAGUCUAUGUGGCCGAAGUGAAGGAGCGAGCUGCUGCCAGGAAGAUCUACGAUGAUGCCAAGAAACACGGGAAAACAACAGGACUUGUUGCCACCAAGGAACGGGAGACUGAGAAGUUUCGGGUGGCUGUCAGUGUGCCUCCUGGAGUCCUCAUGCACUUUUCCCUGAUGUACGAAGAGUUACUGACACGACGGCUGGGACGCUAUGAGCUGGCUUUGGGCCUCAGGCCUGGGCAGCCUGUACAGAAUCUCUCUGUGGACGUUAAUAUAGCGGAGCGGACUGGAAUCAGCUUCAUCAAAGUGUUACCUCUUAGGACCAGUCGCCUGCUCACCAACAUUGACCAAGCUGAGGCUGAAGCGCCCCCCUCCACUCAGGUGGAGCAGAACCUACACUGUACUCACAUUCAUUACAACCCCAGCCUGCAGCAGCAGAGGAGCGUCUCCCCCAAAGGCAUCAAUGCAGACUUUGUCCUUCAGUAUGAUGUAGAGCAAAAAGAUCUCAUGGGAGACAUCCAGGUGCAUAACGGCUACUUUGUUCAUUACUUUUCCCCACGAGGCUUGCCGGUCGUUUCUAAAGAUAUCGUCUUCGUCAUUGACAUAAGCGGUUCAAUGAUCGGCACAAAGAUCAAACAGACAAAGGCAGCGAUGUUUACGAUCCUGAGUGAACUACGUGAGGGCGACUACUUCAAUCUCAUCACGUUUUCAGAUAAAGUGCAGAUAUGGAAGAAAGGCCGCACCGUUUCGGCCACGAAGCAGAAUGUACAGGAUGCACGGGAUUUUGUCAAAAAAACCAUUGCAGAUGGCUGGACGAACAUCAAUGCGGCUCUUCUCUCAGCAGCACAGCUGAUCAACUCCUCCUCUUUGUCUGAUGACAGCCACUCGUCUUCACCACGACGAGUCCCCAUGAUCAUCUUUCUGACCGAUGGAGAAGCGACAAUCGGAGUGACUGCACAAGAGGUCAUUCUGCAUAAUGCUCGGAGUGUGCUGGGUUCGGUUUCUCUGUUUGCCCUGGCAUUCGGAGAUGAUGCAGAUUUUCCGUUACUGAAACGGCUGGCUUUGGAGAACCGUGGGAUAGCACGGAUGGUUUAUGAGGAUGAUGAUGCUGCCCUGCAGUUCAAGGGUUUCUAUGAUGAAGUAGCAAGUCCACUACUGUCAGAUAUCCAGCUUUCCUACCUUGACAACCAAGCUUAUGACAUCACACAGGCCCUUUUCCCCAACUAUUUCCAAGGCUCUGAGCUGGUAGUCACUGGGAAGAUUAGGCCAGACAUACAGGAUCUGAGAGUUUCUCUGACAGCCAGUGGUACAAAGCAGAAGCUGAUGGUAGAGAGUGAGUUUCCACUAGCCAAACUUAAGCUAAAUGAGACUUCAGGAUCAUUGGGUAGUACCAGGGAACUGCAAGGCAUCUCCAACUUUGUGCAUCGCCUCUGGGCCUAUUACACUAUAAAGGAGCUUUUGAUGGCUAAACUCAACAGCUCAGAUACAUUAGUUCAACGCGUGCUAACAGAGAAGGCCACCAACCUUUCACUAAAAUAUAAUUUUGUCACUCCAGUCACCUCUUUGGUGGUGGUUAAACCAGAUAUUGAUGAGCCAUAUCAAACCACUGUCUCUACAACCACAACUACACCCAGUACUACACCUACUACUGCAAGUGUGACGACUUCACAUACACAAACAUCAAGUACCUCUAAUAUGACUUCUACUGCCGAGACUUUGAACAAAAAGCAAGGUAAACUUUCAAAGCCCAAUAAAGCUUCUUCCACCAAACCCAUUCGACCAGAUUUGCCUCUCCCUGGACAUUCAGUAAACACUAAUUCCCUAGACAGACAUGUGGCAGCAUCAUCAAGAAAGAAGACCACAAAUUUACCACACAUUAUAUCUAAGACCACAUCUGCAUCUUUUUUGAGCAAAGUUUCCACAGUUCCCACCAGCGCCAUUAGAACUGAUGCUCACACCGUCCUCCCACUCAAUUCCACUAGCACCGCUUCUCCACCUCUCAAAGGUUCAGCGGCACCCAACAUGGCUGAAACCACAACACCACCCAGCUCAGAGAAACAUCAGGUUCUGCCUCUGGAUAAACCCACAUUCUUAUCUGACACUGCCACUAAUGGAACACCUGAUGUUCCUGCAGUGCAGCCAGAUGUUCAGGAGGUCCCAUCAUCAAAUGCUUCACCUGAAGAUUCUGAUAAGGAAAUUAGCAUCUCCGCUCUUAUAGCUGCCUCCUUUGCCCCUAUGCCAGGCAUGACAGAUGCACCCAAUCUGUGGGAAGCUGCUGGUGUCUUAGAUGUUUCUACUGCCAUCUUGACAAAAGAUGCUGAUGAUGCCAAAGUAGAGUAUGAUGUCUCGUAUGAGUAUGACAGCGACUACAUCGUCCAUUACGAUUCUUCCUCGCCAGACGACUCAGAUAUCAUAAGUUCUGUGGGAAUCUUCUCCUCCUCAGUGGAUGGAGACCCUCAUUUUGUUGUCAUGCUCCCGAAGACAAAUGAAAAUCUGUGUUUUACUGUUGAUGGUGAGGCCAAUGAUGUGUUGUGUCUUCUGGAGGACCCAGUCAGAGGCAUUACAGUGAACGGCCAUUUGAUGUCGGCGCCUCCUAAGACUGGAAUCGAGGACCACACUCGUACCUUCUUCAACAAGAUAACGGUCAGAAUUUCAAAAGCCGGCAUCAGGAUCACCUUCACAAUAGACUCGGUGGUAGUGAAGGGAGAAGGGAGUGAAACUCUGUCUAGCAGAGAGAAGGGAUCUUUGACACUCCCAGGCUUGAAGAUUGUGCUAGAUGGACAGCGGGGCUGUUGGAUUGACCUCGGAAAAGGCGUCGUGUUCCUGAUUCUGAUCCAUCGAUAUAGUCACCCCACUUAUUUCCAGAUGGAGCAUCUAGGAUUCUAUGUGGCCGAUGGCGAGGGGUUGUCUUCAUUAACUCAAGGUCUACUCGGCCAGUUCCAACACAGCACCAUGGAAGUGGUGAAGAUAACAGACGUACACGAUGCCAUGUUCCACCACGGGCAGCUCAGCAACAACAGCACUCUGGCCUUGGGAUUACUCAAGAAAGGAGAUGAACAAAUCCCCGUCACUUUACAGGAUAAGGCUUUGAAGGACACAUUGAAUAAGCGCCACUUGGCCCAGUGCUGGGUGGUGCCCAAGGUGGAAGUGGAGAGGCUCCUGGAGCUGCCUUAUGACAGCUACGUGGUGGAUGAUCUUUAAAUGCCAUGUGGCUACAUUUCAAGCUCUACUGAUUCAAAGCAAGACCAUAUGAAAAAUUCUGGACACUGCAGCGCAACGGUGGCAUAUUUACUCAUUACCUAUUUAACAUUUAAGCAUAGAGAGUGUACAGCAUGGCAAUGUGACACUGGGGAAAGUUUGGAUAUCUGUAGAGAAAAUACGACGAGUUACUUAAAGGCUGAAGAAUCAAUCAGGUGUGAAAUUGGAACACACUCAAGAUGAGAAGCUACAGUUCGUCAAUCAAUAAUUAUAACAAAGUCACUAAGAACUGGAUUACUGGUAUUGGCUUUGUUACAGAAGUAUAGAUUACAUUUCAAAACAAAUUUUUUUUUUAAUGUUUUUGUGCAGAAACAUAUACCGUAUGUGUACAAAAUAAUCCAUUAAAUGCGUAUUUUUGGAAGAGUGGCACUGGAUUUAUUUCCCUCAACAACUAAAAAAACGAAGGCAGACAUUUUUUUUAAUUUUCAGCAUUUUAUUCACAUUUGAAUUUGUUUUAUCUUUCAUUGCACAAGACUGCUCAAACACUUGUGAUAAAGUCACAUCUUAGUCAUCAACUUGUUUCACGUUCAUUAUGCCAGUGUUAAGUGUUUAGUUCCAUGAAACACACACAGGAAAAUAAAUAAUGUGCAAAAUAAUAUUUCAACAGCUACUAGAGUUCAACAAACAAACAAACAAACAAACAAACAAA